AUGGCGGACCGCAUCUGGAUGCUUAUGGCUCUCGUUAGCCUGGCUUCAAUUAUAACAGCUGCUGAGAACGUCAACUACACGUUUGGUCAGACCAUGGUUCGGUUCCUCGGCAAGUCCCCCAACUUCCAAAUAUAUCCGAAUACGAGCUUAUCAUCAUAUUUGCAGCUGAGGUUCUCGAAGUUCGAGGAACGGGACUCAAGUGACAAGAAGGUUCAAGGGCACAGCGUCGAGAGCUUGGCUAGCGCAGAUCCCACAUGGACGGCCGGCAAUACCACCACCUCCGACGGUACCAACCUCACCUACGUGCGCAUGACACUCAAGCCAGCCGACAGCCAAGGCUUCAGCGCUGACUGCCCAACUAACAGUGGUCGCCGCAUGCUCGCUGCACCUUCGUCGACGACCACAAAUGCCACAGUAACCGUGACCCUGUACUUUGGCCUUGACCAGAACACCUCGUUCCCUUUUGGCCAAAACAAGACCGUGAACGUCAGCAAGGGUGGCCUUAAGUUCAACGUUGAGUACAGCGACUGGCCCUUCUGUAACGCCAACAACAUACUGAGUAUGGAAAUCGACCUUCUUAUCAAGGGUGAUGCUGCUGCGCAGCCUGCCGUCUCAACCGCCUCCGACGGCACACAGGUUCUGUCGGUACCCAUAGGCGACAACAUGACAUCUAACAUUUACUUUGCCAACUACGCAUACGAGGCCCAGAAUGGUACACACAACAUGACGGUGGGGGUCAACGCGACGACGAGCGGGACCACGUCGACCGUCACACUGCGGCUGCCCAACCCUACGCCCAAUACGACCGUCUACUAUGACCCAACCGUCACAAGCACGGAGAGCGGCCAGGGCGGGUCGGCGGCGGGUUUGCGGCGCACGUACCUUUCGGCGCUGCUGACGGCGCUGCUCAGCGCGGUCUACCUCCUGGCGUGA